GCAUGCGCAGUGAGUUUAGCCAUUAAUCCGGUUGAUCUGUGCAACGGGACAGGAUUUUGCAGCGCCUGAAUGCUGUAAUUUGCUUGUCCUUUGGAAAUGUGGACAAGCUGAUGCGCAAACCAGUUAUUCUGACGCCCCGGGUGGAGAUUAUUGGAGCCAAUGAGACGCCGCAGUGGUUAUGAUGAAGGCAUGUUAUGGGACAUCCUGCAGCACAUUUCAGUAUCCUCACCUCCAGUCUGUCCAAGCCGCCGGUGCUGCUGCCGCUGUUAGCCUUAUUUUUGUUCAGGCCUGUGUCUGUGUAGUUCUGUAGGUUUCUGUCAUGUUUCUCUGUCACUGGGAGUUCUGGAGAAUAUGCUGGUCGUGUGUAACCCGACCUUACACGGUGCUCGUCUGCUCGGUCACGGCCACACUGUUAAUGUGGGGCCGCAAGUGCCAGAGGCCAGCUUUAGUGUGUAGUGAGGCCUUUGGUACCUUCCUUUAUAAACAUUGUCCAGUGGUGGUUGAGCACUUCAGACCCACUCCUUGGUGCUGGGGGGGACGACUCCAAACUCUAGCAAAUGCUUUUCUUAAGAGCAGACCCACAAUCAAUUAUCGCAAUGAGUUGAUCCGCACUGUUGACGGAGGGCAAAUUUCUCUCGAUUGGGUGGAUAAUCACUCUAGUACCGCCUAUCCAGAAUCAUCCACUCGCCCCACAGUGCUGUUCUUACCAGGCCUGACUGGAAACAGCAGACAACCCUAUGUACUCCAUGCCAUUCGCCAGGCUGCUAUCCGGGGCUUCAGGUGUGUGGUCUUCCACUACCGAGGCUUUGGAGAGGAAGAGUUACUCACACCUGUCACUUACUGCGCAGCCAGUACCUCUGAUCUUGAAUAUGCAGUGCAGCAUGUUAAAAGACUUUUUCCAAACUCACCUCUGCUUGGUGCUGGUGUAUCUAUGGGAGGAAUAAUACUGUUAAACUACCUCGCAAACAAACAAGCUGAUUCUGGAUUGGAAGCUGGUUUUACCAUUUCUGUUCCAUGGGAUGUACAGAAGUCAUGUGAUUCAAUGGAGGAGCCUCUCAACAUGUUGCUUUUUAACAGACACCUGGCACGAGGCCUUUGUGAAACUGUCAACAGACACAGAGAUGUUCUACAAAAAGUGGUAGAUGUGGACUAUGUCAUAAAGGCACGUAGCAUCAGAGAGUUUGAUGAGCGUUUCACCACUCACCUCUUUGGUUACGAGUCCUGUGCAGAGUAUUAUCGAGAUGCCAGUCCCGCCUUUAAGCUUCACAAUACAACUGUUCCCAUCCUGUGUCUCAAUGCUGCAGAUGACCCUUUCUCCCCACAACAUGCCUUUCCCCUGGACAUGGUUAAACAGCUCUCGAAUGUGGCUCUUCUGGUAACCGCUUAUGGUGGACACAUUGCCUUCAUGCAGGGCUUGUUCCCGCGGAGGGAAGGGUACAUGGAGCACCUCUUUGGACAGUUUGUGCAAGCCGUGUUUGAACAUCCGGAGGACCUGAAGGAAGCAUGCAGCAUAAAGGAAGUCCUGAUCAACUCAUGAUUUUAUUGUUUUCUUUGUUUGGUGCUAUGGAUAUGCUGUGAGUGCACAUUAUCUUUGCCACUAUUUGCAUUGUGAAAAAAUAUUAUUAGUAGCAGUUAUUCAAUCAAUAAUUAUUGUAGACUACAUAUAAUUUCACAUCACAUUGCUGCCUACCUCAAGAAUUCAUCCACCUACCUAGCAUAAAAUCAAAUGUACUGAGAAAAAAUGUAUAUUGUUACACUAUUCUUAGGAAAUAAUAAGAAAAUGCAUAUAUUGUCUUAAAAAUAAUUUAGUGGUUGGCAUUCCCAUAUUCUUUAUUAAAAUAAUGUAGUAUUUAUUAUUUAGUUAUUACAUGUUUAGAUUUGUUUUUAGUGUGUUAAAAAUGACUUUAGAAAUGUAAAAUGUGAAACUCACUCACCACUUGGUUGAGUACUGUUCAAUAGGGUGUAUUGAACCGUUUGUGUAUAUUUAUUUUAUACACAUUCCUAUGGAAGAGGGGUUGUCUUUAUAUGAAGGGUAUAUGAUUAGUUAUAUCAUAUUGCACUGUUUUAUGCAAUGAUGCUGCUGAUGAUUAUUAUGGUUCUCAUUCAUAGUAAGAAGAUUGUAUUUCUGCAUAAUUCACAUAAUUUUAUACCUCACUUUAGAUUUAUGAACUUGACCACUUGUCCCAGCGCAUUAAAAAUGAGCAAGUAUGAACUGUAAAGACAUUAAAAUGUAUCAGAUCUAAACUAUAAUAAAGAUAUGCUUAUAUUUGAACAC